AAUAAUGAUGCUGAUGAUGAUCUUGAUGAUAUUGAUGAUGAACUUGAUGAUGAUGAUGAUGAUGAUGAUCUUUCAUUUCGUAAUCAUCGAAAAUUAAAACGUCCAAAAUUAUUUGCUAGUGAUGAUGGAUUCGAUAUGAAUUAUGUUGAUUUUGAUGCAGAUGAUGAUGUGGAUGAUAUUGCAGAUGAUGUUGAACAUAUCAAACGUUUAGAUGGUGACCACCACAUGGAUGAUGAUAAAUUGAUUAAAUCAAUUGAACAAUAUGGUGAUACCAAUUUGGUACAUGAUCUAUCCGUUUCGAAAUCAUCAUCAUCAUCAUCCAGAUCCUUGGAUAACCUAAAAGAUGAUGAACCAUCAUCGACAACAAUUUCGAAUCAAGAUGAUCAACAACCAAAGAAUAAUAAUGAUGAUGAUGAUGAUAAAGUAGACGAUAAUGAUACUUCAAAACGAGAAGCUAUAUCAUCGAUCCAAUCACCGGCCACUACCGAUAAUCAUACAAAAAAUGAUAUGAAAAUGGAAAUAGAAUCUGAAUCAUUAGCACAAAAACAAAUUGAAUCCGAUACAUUGUGUGAAAAUCAAACAAAAUUAUUAUCACCAAUCAGUGAAACAAAUGAACAAUUGGAUUUUGAUGCUGAAAAUACCGAAGAAUCUGAUAUUAGUAAUGGUGGCGAUGAUGAUGAUGACGAUGAUGAUCAAGAAUAAUUCUAAUGAAUCCAAACAUUCAUUCAUUCAUUCAUUUAUCAUGUUAAUCACUCAUCACGUAUAAAAAUUUGCAAUUUCCAUUCUCAACUACAACAACAACAACGACAACUAUAACGACAAUUUUCAAAAAAGACAAAACACAAAAUUCAUUCAUUCACCAUUGUUAUAUUAUUGAAACUCCAAUGAAUUCAUUGUAGUCAUUGAAUUUCGAGACAUACACACACACACACACACACACACAGACAACAACGAAAAAUAACCAUACAACCAAUCUAUCUACCUGUGUAUAUAAAUAAUGAAAAAAACUAUUCAAUUCGUUUUUUUUUUUCUAUUUUCUUUUCCAAUUUUUUUU